AUGAACUCUUCCGUCUUCGUCAAGAAAGAAACCCCUGCUGCUGCAGACACCGAUUUUUGCACCAAAAGAAACAAUGAUAAGGUCAAAACUACGCCAAUUGAUAUCAGCAGCAGCAGCGGUAGCGACAAUAAUAAUAGCAGUUACAGUUCCGCUCAAUCUUCGAAUGUCAAUGAUCCAAGCAACGACGACCACGACGCGGCAAUAUCUGAUUCCCUCGCUAAGUUAAAGAAUCUGAGAGAAAGAUUGAAUAGUUAUAAGCGAAAUUUGGAUGUUCGUGAAGAAAUUAGUUCUUCUUCGCAGACGAAGAAGAAGCCGAAACUUGAGCAUUGUGAAACUGAGUCGCCUUUAGGGUUUCUUCAACCUCUGCCGCCUUUUAACUUUCCGUAUAUUGAUCCGGUAGUGUUGGACGUUGCGCCGAUUUCUCAGCGGUUUCCUGAGAAUCAUAAUGGAAUUUACAAUAAUAACCUUCAGAAUAGUAACUCCGACGAAGUUAUUCGGAGUUGCAAGCAAUUCUGGAAAGCAGGGGAUUAUUACGAGGACGACGCCAAUGCUGGACACUCUAACUCUGCUUUGUCUUCUGUUGGCAUUGAUCAUGUACGAGUGCAUCCGAGGUUUCUACAUUCAAAUGCUACAAGUCAUAAGUGGGCACUGGGAGCUUUCGCCGAGCUUCUUGACAAUUCUUUAGACGAGGUCUGCAAUGGAGCCACUUUUGUUAACGUAGAUAUGAUCAACAAUGUCAAAGAUGGUAGUCAUAUGUUGCUAGUUGAUGAUAAUGGUGGUGGAAUGAAUCCUGAUAAAAUGCGACAAUGCAUGUCACUUGGGUAUUCCGUCAAAAGCAAGAUGGCAAACACAAUUGGUCAAUAUGGAAAUGGGUUCAAGACAAGUACUAUGAGGCUUGGAGCAGAUGUCAUUGUGUUUUCACGUUGUCACGAGAAAGAUGGUACAAGCUCAACUCAAAGUGUUGGAAUGUUAUCAUACACAUUUUUGAGGGGUACUGGAAAAGAAGAUAUUGUGGUUCCCAUGAUUGACUACGAGAAGAGUGAGCAUGGUUGGAGGGAGACGAUCCGAUCUUCGUUGGAUGAUUGGAAUAAAAAUUUAGCAACCAUCUUGCAAUGGUCUCCUUAUUCAAACGAACAACAUCUUUUUCAACAGCUCAAUGCCUUGGGGGAACAUGGAACGCGUAUAAUCAUAUACAACCUGUGGGAGGACGAUGAAGGACUCUUAGAACUUGAUUUUGAUGCUGAUCCCCAUGACAUUCAAAUUAGAGGAGUCAACAGGGAUGAGAAGAACAUAAGAAUGGCACAAGAAUAUCCCAACUGUAGACACUUCUUAACCUACCGACAUUCUUUAAGGAGUUAUGCGUCGAUUCUAUAUCUCAGGCUUCCACCUGACUUUAGAAUUGUUCUGCGUGGUAAAGAUGUUGAACACCAUAACAUUGUGAAUGAUAUGAUGUUAACUAAGGAGAUCACUUAUAGACCCAAGGAGAUCAUAGAAAGGAUACAAAAGGGUUCGCAGAAAGAAUCAGAUGUAUUUGCCACUGGUACACUUGGCUUUGUGAAGGAUGCAAAAGCUCAUAUCGAUGUACAAGGCUUUAAUGUCUAUCACAAGAAUCGGCUGAUUAAGCCGUUCUGGAGGGUUUGGAAUCCUGCAGGCAGUGAUGGUCGUGGAGUUAUAGGUGUAUUGGAAGCUAAUUUUGUCGAACCAGCUCAUGACAAACAGGGUUUUGAGCGCACAACUGUGCUUUCAAGACUUGAGGCAAGAUUGGUCUGGAUGCAAAAAGACUACUGGAGUCGAAAUUGCCAGGAAGUUGGUUAUGCUGCAAGACGACCUAUUGUUAAUUCUGCAGAUAAGGCAGGUUCUGUAUCCAAUAAGAAAAAAUCCACACGGAUAGAUAGGAACAGCCAUUCUGCUACUGGAGGUUCUCCCAAAAUUUGCAGUAAGAAAGAUGAUAAAAAAUCAUCACCUGUAAAUGCUACAAGCGAAGGUAGAAAUUGUCACAAGUUGUCACAGUCUAGAAUUGAGCCUCAACAACAUCACAAGUUGUCACAGUCUAGAGUUGAGCCUCAACAACAUGUAAAGGUAGCUCACUGUAAUGAAGCUGGACCGGAUUCUGCUAAUCACCGCGCUGAGAACAAGAUCAAGUUGGAGGAAGAGAAAUCUGAUUCAAGAGAAAGAAUAAUGGAAACUCAAGGACCUGUGAUGGAUAGUUUGCUAAAUGAUUUAAAACAAGAAAGAGAGAGGUGUAAAUCUCUUGAAACUAAAGUGCAAGAGUUGGAACAGAAAGUAGAGGAAGCAGAUAAAGAGCAAAUGGCUUUGAUUGAUAUGCUUGCGGAGGAAAUGGCCCAAAGAGAUGAGGAGGAGGAGAGAUUAAGGCAGAAAUUAAGGGAUGCUUCUAAUACCAUUGAUAAGCUGCUUGAUAAGGUGAAACGACUAGAAGGGAGGUAGCUUUCUAGCUGCAAAGUCAAAUUCAAGUCCAUUGACAUCAAAAUGGCUCACAAUUUUUUUGUAAAAUUUAUAUAUAUUUUUUUGGAGGCUAAUUUUUGUUAAUUUAGUGUACAGGUUUAAUUCGUUGUAGUUUUUUUAUUUUUUUUUAUUUUUUUUCUUAUUUUAAUUACAACUUGGGAGAAAGUGAUUUUACCCAGGUUUAUACCCUUUGUCAAUACAAAUUAUUGAGCUAAUAUGUCAAUAAUUCUAUGGU